GGCCUGGACGGAUCCAGCCUUACCAGCAUUUGUGGAUCCUCCUACGGUACAUCCUGCUGAUAAUAUACCCGAAGGUGGUUCCAUGACCAUACUUUGUCUGGCCUUGGGAAAUCCUGCUCCCACUAUUUCAUUAUAUGUUGGGGGACAUUUAGUACGUCAAGAUGCUUCAAGACAUAUGGUCACGGUUAUACACAAUGUGACCGCAGAUAUGGAACAUGUUUCGUGUUAUGCCGAUAACGGAUAUGGUGUGCCAAUGCAGGCCACACGGAAAGUUAAUAUAUGCUACCCUCCCAAAAUCCAAGCCGCCGGCAUAACAGUGGCCUCGGUGGGCAAUGAAGUUGAACUGCGUUGUCUCGUCGAUUCGAAACCCAAACCAAAAACUAUUUUCUGGCGUGAUCAUGAUGGUCGCAUACCCGUCAUUGAGGGUGGCAAUUAUCACAUUAUGGAACGUAUCAAUGAACUAGUGUAUCACAAGCCAACCAAAGCUGAAAAAUUCAAUAAAAUUGAGACAAGAGUUGCAUGGCUGCGCAUGGGUAAUUUGAAGCCAAGUUCACAGCAUAUUUUGUACGUUGAAGCCUGGACGGAUCCAGCCUUACCAGCCUUUGUGGAUCCUCCUACGGUACAUCCUGCUGAUAAUAUACCCGAAGGUGGUUCCAUGACCAUACUUUGUCUGGCCUUGGGAAAUCCUGCUCCCACUAUUUCAUUAUAUGUUGGGGGACAUUUAGUACGUCAAGAUGCUUCAAGACAUAUGGUCACGGUUAUACACAAUGUGACCGCAGAUAUGGAACAUGUUUCGGGUUAUGCCGAUAACGGAUAUGGUGUGCCAAUGCAGGCCACCCGGAAAGUUAAUAUAUGCUACCCUCCCAAAAUCCAAGCCGCCGGCAUAACAGUGGCCUCGGUGGGCAAUGAAGUUGAACUGCGUUGUCUAGUCGAUUCGAAACCCAAACCAAAAACUAUUUUCUGGCGUGAUCAUGAUGGUCGCAUACCCGUCAUUGAGGGUGGCAAUUAUCACAUUAUGGAACGUAUCAAUGAAUCUCAUCCGAAUUUAUAUACCAUGGUGUUGCGCAUACAUAAAUUGCAAGCAAGUGAUGUUGGUGAUUAUUUCUGUCAUGCUGAAAAUCCAUAUGGUUCUAAGACCAUACCGGUAUCGGUACGUUACGGAAUGUCAUAA